UUUUCUUGUUAGGAUUUCCAAAAUGGGACAUAAAUUACUCACCUUAUUCUUCACCUUAAUAUGUACAUCAGGUCUUUAUGCAGUGUUCCUGGUUCCAUCACAAAACCCUGUGGCUGUCGGGAGCAAUGUCACUAUAAGUGUGAAUGACACCCAACCCAUUAUAAUUGGGCUCUGGUUAUUUGAAUCUAGUACAUUGUUCGCGUGGUACUCAGAGGAUGUUUUUACAGGAAGUGGCCACCAAAAUGGAACAGAAUUUGACAUUUCUACAUAUCAGCUCACCUUACCGUCAGUAACUCUGAAGAAUUCUGGCCUGUAUGCAUUAGAUGCAUUGAGACCGAAGGCCCGGGCAGUGAUUACAUUAGAUGUUCAGGAACCUGUCAGUAAUUUAACUGCAUUUGUAAGCAUGACAAACCUGGUGGAGUUAAACGACACCGUGACGUUCACAUGCUCCGCCAGCGGAACGCCACUGUGGUUUUCAUGGCAGAACGGAAACUCUACGGUCACAGCAGGAGGAAGAGUUGAGCUCAGGAACGGUGGACGAGAUUUCAUCAUCAAUGGUGUGACGCGGUACGACGAAGGGCCGUUCAAGUGUCUUGUGGCAAACAAUAUCAGCAAAAGAGAGAGCCAUCAAAUGAAUCUCAAUAUAAGCUAUGGGCCCAGUAACCUGAGAGUGACAGCAUCGCCAGAGAAAUCGGUAUACAUUUCUGGUUCGGUCAUUUCUCUAUCAUGCUCUGCUGACUCCAAACCGACAGCUACUUUCUACUGGAUGUACAACGGCAAUCCUCUGAAUGUCUAUGGCCCGAGUUAUGAUCUUAGAGACACAACUCAGAACAGAACGGGAGAAUACACCUGCGUUGCCCAAAAUGCAGUCACACUCAGACAUGUUGCAGUGACAAAAAAGAUUGAUAUACUUGAUCCAAUUUCAGCAGUGGUAGUGAAUCCAGCAGGCUCUCCAGUAGAAGGCAUGGCUUUUAAUCUGAACUGUAAUGUUGUGGGGCCAGUGAACUCCAUUCAUUGGAUGAAGAAUGGCAUAUACCUGGAUGCCGACAAUAUGAUCACUUUCUCCAAUGACAACUCAACCUUGAGAUUUAACCGACUCACUCUUAGUGAUGACGGACCGUACCAGUGUGUAGCUAGUAAUGCUGUCAGCAACAUGACUAGCCUGGCCUACAAUCUUAUGGUUAACUAUGGCCCAAACAACACAGCAGCCUCUGGUUCAAAAGUAGCAGCAGUGGGAUCCAACGCAACCUUCAGCUGUUCCUCUGACUCUCGUCCUCAAAGUCAAUACAGCUGGUAUUUCAGUGGCUUAAAUGUGAAAAAUGGUUCAGUGUAUGUGACUACACCUCUCUCAAAAAACGAUAGCGGACAGUACACCUGCAUGGCCUUCAAUAGCAUUACAGGCAGAAGCGGCAAUGCCUCAGUGACAUUAACUGUAUAUGCUCCUGUCAUCGAUGUUGUGGUGAAUAUGGACAAUCAGCAACCAAUCUUCAAUCAGCCAUUCACACUAACCUGCACUGUCAGUGGGGAUGUUCAACACAUUCAGUGGAUGAAGAACGGCGUGAACCUUAACCACGACAAUAGGAUCAAUUUCACCAAUAACGACUCAGUUUUGAACUUCAACCCACUCACUCUAAGUGAUAAUGGACAGUAUCAGUGUGAAGCUAGUAAUGCUAUCAACAACAGGACCAGUCUGGCCUUUGACCUCAAGGUCAUCUAUGGUCCAUGGAACACAACCAUCUCUGGUCCAACUGUAGGAGCUAUCGAACAUAAUGUGACCUUCAACUGCUCUGCUAACUCUUACCCACCAAGUCAAUACAGUUGGUUUUUAAACAGCUCAAAGGUGGGUGAGGGUCCAGUGUUUACUAGAGCUCUCUCACUGGAUAGUGGCGGACGCUACACAUGCAUGGCCUCCAAUAACAUUACAGGCCACAGCAGCAAUGCAUCACUGGAGUUAACUUUAAGAUAUCCAGUCAGCCAUGUGAUUGUAAAUGCGGGGAAUCAGCAACCAGUAUUCAAUCAGUCAUUUACACUGACCUGCACUGCUAAUGGAGAUGUUGAACACAUUCAGUGGAUGAAGAAUGGCAUGUUCCUUCAUCCUCAUAAUGGAAUCACUUUCUCCAAUAACAACUCAACCUUGAGCUUCCAAAAUAUAAAUCUCAGUGAUGAUGGAUAUUAUCAGUGUGAAGCAAGUAAUGCUGUCAGCAACAUGACUAGCCUGGCCUAUGACCUAAUGGUCAACUAUGGUCCAUGGAACACAACAGUUGAAGGCCCAAUCAUGGCAGAGAUGGGGUCCAAUGUGACUUUCAACUGUACUGCCAUCUCUCGUCCUCAUAGUCAAUAUAGCUGGUUCCACAACAAUUCAAAAGUGGGAGAUGGUCCAGUGCAUGUGACUGCAGCUCUCUCACUAAACAGUAGUGGACACUACACCUGCAUGGCCUUCAAUAACAUCACAGGCCGCAGCAGCAACGCAUCACUGGAGUUAACUGUAAUUGAACCCAUUGCGACAGUGGACGUGAUCCCCGAUCGCACUAUUCCUCUGGCUUCCCAAAUCUUUCAUCUCACCUGUAAUGUGAAGGGACCCUACAACACACUCCACUGGCUUCGAAACAACCAGAAUCUCCAUCCAUCAGACAGAGUUACAUUCUCAGCAGAUAACGCCAUUGUGACCUUCAAAACCUUGCAGACCGCUGACGACGGGAGAUACCAGUGCGUCGCUUCAAACGCAUUGAAACAGCAUGUCAGUCGCCCAUAUGAUCUUACGGUCAUCUUUGGACCACAGAGUGUGCAGAUCAUUGUACGCCCUGGGAUUCCCCCCAUCCUGACAUGUCUAGCAGUGUCUCAGCCGCCAGCUGUGUAUCACUGGAUCUUCGAAAACAACACAGUAGUGGGAAAUCAAUCUUCCGUAGAACUUCCCAUUAAGUCUAUCUUGGGCAGCAAUUACACCUGUGUGGCCAAAAACCCUUUGACCAAUGUGACAGUCUACACCAGCCAAGUCGUCAGUUACCCCAAUGCUGCUGUCAGUGUCCAGGCGUGUGUGAUGUUGACGGCUCUCCUCGCUCUGCUGCUCCCUGUGCUGGAAGAAUGGCUCUAAUACUAAUAUUGCUGUGAACAUGGCAUCUGUCUUUGAGGCCUUUAUGUAGACUGAAUGAGGCUUGUGGUCAAAUUUAACACUUAAAAACAGCAAGAAUAAAAUCACACUGGCAAGAUCAUGCAGCCCAGAUUAGUUUAGUUAAUUUUAAAACACAUUUAAACAUUAUUCAAAGACAGGUAUGACCAUUU